CAUUAAUUGCAGUUCACACGUAGACUACGUCGUAGAUCACCAUGUCCGCACUAUACGCGUCUUGGCUGUGCCUUUGUCUGCUGCUGGGCAGUUCCAUUGACGUCAGCUGGGCCAAGCGUAUCCAUCAUAAAUAUCCACAGACAUAUGGCAAUCGCAUUGUUGGCGGCCACGAGGCGGAGGAGGGGGCAGCGCCUUAUCAGGUCUCGAUACAAACGAGUUGGAAAAGCAAUAUCUGUGGCGGAGUGAUCAUCGAUGAGCGCUGGAUCCUCACGGCUGGCCAUUGCGCCAACGAUUUUCCCAUCGAUGAGCUACGCAUUGUUGUCGGAACCAAUGACCGACUGGUGCCCGGACAGCUGCACUAUGUGGACGAGGCACUCGUGCAUUGCCUGUACGAUAUUCCAGCCAUAUAUGCGAAUGACAUUGGACUGCUCCAUCUGAACAAGUCGAUUGUGUUCAACGAGCGUACACAAAUUGCCGAGCUAAGCACAGAGUAUCCGCCGGCUGGUGCUACUGUUACGCUCACCGGCUGGGGUGCACCGGAGCUCAAUUUUCCAGCCAUGGAGCGAUUGCAGACCAUCAAUCUGACUGUUAUCGAUCAGAAGGUCUGCCGUGCUGCCUGGGAUGGUACGGAUAGCGUCGACAUUGGCCAUCUGUGCACCUUCACGAGGGAGGGCGAAGGCGCCUGCAACGGCGACUCCGGCGGACCCAUCAUGUGGCAGGGCAAGCUGGUGGGCGUGGUCAACUGGGGUGCCCCAUGUGCCGUGGGCAAGCCGGACAUGCAUGCAAACACGAUCUACUACGCAGACUGGAUACGUCGCAGCAUGACCCAAUGCAAGCAGCGCGUCAAUUGAGACGCCUCACAUAACAAUAUCGAUCUAUAUAUAUAUAUAUUUGGCUAACCUAUAUAAUUGCACAAUAAUUGUUUUAAUUGCAUUU